CGGCGGCGGCGGCGGUGAUACGAGACGCCAUUAUUGUCUACAACUUCGCACCACCACACUACGCACACUAAGCUGUCGUAGCUGUUCAACUGAGAUGGUUCCAUGUAGAAUUUGAACCCUCGUUCGCUUUGUUUGGUCUUAAUCCUUUAUAAACAUACAAAGAACGAAUCGUCAUACCCAAUUAACACCACCACCACCACCACCACCACCACAAUCGUCAACACGCAAUUUUUGGUCAGACAUGGACACUGUCCGAGGAAAUAGCCGCAAGUUACCAUUGCUAUUGUUAUGACCAUGUUAUUGUUGCUUUGGAAUAUCCAGGAGAGAAGGUGGCGCCAUCCGGCUGGCUAGAGCAUGCAUUCACCGACGUCGCUCGACACAGUUCUAUGUUCACCCCUCAUCGAAGAAUCCGAGGUUGAACCAAUCAAUAUGGCAUUCAGUCUUGUCAAUGGAGACGCCGACAGCGGGGUGGGCAAUAAACUGGACUUCUACCCCGCUGUUGACGAAGAAUAUGAAAGCCGUCGAGCUGAGCAGCAAGCCGAGAGCUUGGUUCCGUUGAAGGAGGACCUAGCCGAUUGGCUGCAGAGAAUUCUGGACCUUACAAUAACGACCGAAACCUUUAUGGAGGCCCUCGACAAUGGUGCUGCCCUCUGCCGGCUGGCACACCUUAUCCAAUUAAAGGCUGAAGCCGCAUACAAAGAAGGGAAGUACACAGAGCCCAUACCAAGACUAAAGUUCCGCUACAGAGAAAACGCCAAAUCUGGGACCUGGUUCGCCAGAGACAAUGCUGCCACCUUUCUCCGUUGGUGCCGUGAUUUUGGUAUUAACGAAGGCUGCAUGUUUGAAUCGGAGGAUCUCGUGUGCCACAGACAAGAAAAACCAGUGGUUGUGUGUUUACUGGAACUGGCAAGAAUUGGCUACAAGUUUGGGUUGGAAUCACCAAGUAUUAUCAAAAUCGAAAAAGAAAUUGAGCGAGAAGAGAGCGAAUUGGCGUCUCAGAUAAACGAAGAGGAGAUUCAGAAUCUCAGUGAUCUGGCGAACCUUUCGUUACCCAUGGAAUCCGUGGCAACGCAGGUGAGCAGGACAGCUUCAUUGGAUACAAAUGUCGAAGAGGCAAGUCAGAACGAGGCGAGUCAGAUCGAAGCCUCCGAGAACGAAGCGAGCAGUCGUAAAGCGACCGCUGAUGGGGAAGAAGCAGACGACGAAGGAGAAGGGGAAGCUGAAGGGGAUGGGGAUGGGGAUGCUGAAGGGGACGGGGAAGCGGACGAAGUAGACGAAGAGGGUGGAAGAAAAAGUGGUUCUUUGGAGAAAACGGAAGUGGAAGCGCAAGAAGCGUCACGUGAUAAUGACGAAGAGAACGAAGAAGAACAAAAGAACAGUGUGAAUGGCGAGGAGACAGGUGAGGCGGAGGAGGCGAAGGAAGAUGAAGUGAAGGAGAACGGCGAGAAGGAAGAGGAUGGAGAUGAAGGGGAGGAGGGCGAGAUCGAGAGUAAAGGUUCAAUGAUGCUGAACGGAGAGGACGAUUUCACGCAGUCGAACGAAGGUAUCGUCUCGCAAGGAGGGGGUGAUGAAGAUGAUGAGCAGGACACGAACGCAAGCCGCGGUAGCGGGAGUACGUCGAUGGGCGAGGACGGAAGUAACUUGAAAUUGAACUCAAAUACACUGGAAGACAUCAACGAGAACGAUGCCGAACCCGACAGCGUUGAAAGCAAAACAGCGAUCAGCCCUUUGCGGAACAACGAUAUCGGGACCCAGUUUCACAAGAAAACCCUCAACACUCCUCAAGCUCGUGUCGACAGCCUGAAAGCCAGACAACUCGACAAAAAGAAAUUCAUGUGUCCGUGCGCAAAUUUCGAAAGUAAGCAACACCGGAUUCCAAAUGCCGCGAUCCAUCAAGACAACAGAAUCACAAAGCGACAAAAGCUAAGGUCAAAUUUAUUGCUUCACAACAUCACGUUAGUGAUCAAGUGUGCCAAAUUUCUGAGGGCAAAUAUUCCAUUUUUGGACGAGUUGUCUUCAUUCGGCUGCUUAAAGAAAAACAUUUGAUGGUGCGUGUUGGCGGCGGUUGGGAUACCUUAGAACAUUACCUGAGUCAUCACAAUCCGACCAAAAUCAUCGAAUUUAAACGAACUGAUCAACCAAAGGCUUCAUCAACCAGUCCACGUCAUGACCCUGACACAGGGGAGACAGCGUUAAC